AUGGAAAAUCUUCCAGCUCCCCGAGUAAGAAUCUCGCGUCCAUUUACCCACACCGGGGUAGACUAUGCUGGACCGAUAGAUGUCAAAUCUUGGAAAGGCCGUGGAGGAAAAACGUUCAAAGGAUAUUUCUCCAUAUUUGUAUGUUUAGCAACCAAGGCAAUACACCUUGAAGCUGUCACCGAUAUGACAACUCAAACUUUUUUGGCAGCCUUUCGAAGAUUUACAGCACGUCGAGGUAUUUGCACAGAAAUCUACAGUGACUGUGGAAAAAACUUCGUAGGAGCGAAUUCCGAACUUCAAAAAAUGCUGAAGGCCGCAAAUUUCGACUGGAAGCAAGUCCAAUUAGCAACAACCAACAUCGGAACAAAGUGGAAUUUUAUUCCUCCCGCUUCUCCGCACUUUGGAGGUCUAUGGGAAGCAGGAGUGAAAUCCGUUAAAUUUCACUUAAAGCGGAUCGUUAGGAACGAGACCCUUACAUUUGAGGAACUCAGCACACUUCUAACUCAAAUAGAAGCAUGUUUAAAUUCGAGGCCUCUAUGUCCUUUAUCCGACAACUUUGAAGACUUCGCCAUUUUAACACCAGCACACUUUCUAAUUGGAACAUCAAGUUUUCUUGUACCAGAAGCAGAUAUAAACGACGAAAAAAUUACUCAUCUAAAUAGAUGGAAUAAAAUGCAAGCAGCCGUCAACUCAUUCUGGAAGCAGUGGAGCGGAGAGUACUUAUCUCGAAUGCAACGUCGACCAAAAUGGUUACACCAACAGCCACAACCUCAAGUUGGAGAUUUAGUAUUGCUAAAAGAUGAACGCCUGCCACCAUCGCAAUGGGCUCUUGCACGUAUUACCUCACUAGUACAAGGAGCUGAUAAGCUUACUCGUGUCGUAACUAUAAAAACAAAAUCAGACGAAGAUGGAGUUGAGAACUAUGUUCACGCCGGGGAGGAAUGUUGAGCUAAGAAACAGAACGCCACCCACCAACUAGUCUUCAAUUUGAUUGUUUUUAUAAAGUUAUAUAAUUGUAAAUGUCAAAUUCAAAUUCUGCUUAUCAUGUUUCAUUUUUAUUGUUGUACCAUUAUGCCUAUUUUGUGACAAUAAUGUCAAGAAAAUAAAUCAUUCUUCUUUAUAACGUUGGAACGAAAA